UAAAAUAUCUCACACUUCAAGCAUCAGCUGCUGCAAUAUCGAUAUUUUAUCAAUUUUUAUUGGUUCAAAUGAAGAGCAAAAGAUGUGCAUAAGGAAACGUUUGGAGCCGAUGGUGCCACCAGCAACCUUAAAUGCGAAGAGUUGGGAUACACUCCCUCUUCUGACGAUGGAAUUGGUCUUAGAGCGAGAUCCUCUCAACAGGGCACACCAAAUGAUGCUGCAAAAUGCCAACUGGAUGAAAAUUACUCUCAUCGGCUCCUACAACAUGUUCAUACCGUUCGAAAAGGAAUACCUGUAUACCGCGGCCACAAAAUCACCUCUGUACUGUGAAGCUAAAACUGGAAUAGUUACUUUCAGUCAAGGCAGUCGAGAACCGCGGCGAUUCAAAUGUAUGGAUUUUUACUCUAAAUGGGAAAGCUUGAGAGCCACCGGAGAAUUGUUUACACACUCUGACGUAAAGUUACAAUGUAAACUGAAAGAUAUAGUUAAUGAGGACAACAUUGAUCUUCCUUAUUACUUGAAUCAGAUACUACCUUAUCACACUGCCGUUUGGGGCUCGUUUCAUCGCACUUUGAUGCUGUUGGAUGAUUACGAGCAAUGGUUAUGGAGACAUCUCAGAAAUUACAAAUGGCCACUGGAAAUUCAUAUUUACGGUGAAACCGGCGGUUACAGUUUCAUGGCGUUCAUUAAUUUGUUCCAACUUCUUUUUCCAGGAGAACACACAGUUCGCAUUGCUGUGCCUUUGAAAUGGGUGGACGGUAUGACGAUGAUGAAGGAGUGUGGUUGUGAACUGUUGCUCACGCCGAAUGAGAAACCUCCGGUUAUCACGGACGUGACCGGGGGUCAGACGCCGCCUCCUAAAGCCAGUAAAAGCAGCAGAGGGGCAACAGAAUCGAUGGCAACAAGUGCAACCACUUUGUCGCCAAAUCAAUACAGACCUACUGGGUCUGAUGCCAAUGACGCCUUUGUAUUUGUCGAAGUUCAGUUUGGACGUCCACUUAAAGCUAUUUUUAAACCACCUAAAAUAUUAAAAGAAGAAAUAACAGCCAUGCUUACUGAAAUGGAAUUAGAAGCUCCCAGGCAUCGAGGAUGUACUGGACGUGGCCAACUGGAGAAAGACUGGCAAAAAACCAUACGAGCUGCAGCGAACGCCUUGCGAAAAGUACCGUAUUAUGGAGCAACAGAGUUUUGCACGUUCAAUCGUCAACUAAGUGAGACAAGAACUCGAGUGGAACUUACCACAUCGUGUUGGCAGAACGCUGCUAUCUACAUCAACAAUAAUUUCAUCGUUAAACAAUAUCUGGACUCUGAUGAAAUGUUUGAAGAGUUGGUGAUGAUGGCUCACGCGUGUCUCAUGAGGUCUGCGGCCGCCAUGCUGAUAAAAAGUAAUAUCUGGAACGACAUAGAUCCUGGCUUACGAGCUGCCAGACAUGCUCGCCUGGUACAAGACACCACACAUGCUGUGGAACUUUACCUACAGCUGGUAGGGGAGAAACCAAAAUAUGCUCAUUAUUGGCGUGAACUGUCAACUUGCUUGAAAUAUGUAUAUAAAGACUGGGCCAUCGUUUGUCUAAACAAGGCUGUAGUACUCGACCCUCGAAGCCCUUUGACACUCCUAUCUAAAGGUGCCAUGUUGUUUGAAGAGGAUCCCACUGCCGCCGAACCAUUCUUUUUUGCUCUUUUAGAAUUUAGUCCAUACUGGACAAUUGCUUGGGUCAUCACUAGCGUUUACUUCUACGAACGAGAGCUGUACCAUCUGGCAGAUACCAUCAUGAAAUAUGUUGAUAAGAUACGUGGGGAACAACAUCAUGAUACAUACUAUUCGCGCUCGUGGGAACGAGAGCUAGGAGACUGGUGGGACAGCACGCCACUGCUGCCAGGCAUGAGCCUGUACUACGAGGCAGCUGACCUUCUACUCAGGUUGAGAGCUGUGCCUUUGGCAGAAGCAUGCCUAGCUCGUUUGCUGUCGGUGACGGUAGAGACAACGGCGUACUAUCAUCUAGUUGGCCUGUGCUGUCGUCUGCGAGGACAGUACAAGGAAGCAAUCUGCCACCUAACUGUUGGUCUUGAUAAAUUUGGAGAGAUUAAUUACCUGAGAAGUCUGGAAGCUGAAUGUCAACAUAGACUCGGCAAUAAUAAAAAGGCCAUCGCAUCGUUUUCAAAAGUCGGUACCUGCGUUAGUUCCUUCAGUAUUCUGAUGUCGUUGUCGUGUGGCGAUAAAACGAAAACACGAGGUAUUUUAUUGGAACUCAUACGACGUCAAGCCAGCGCAUACGCAUGGACUGCACUCGCUAAUGACUGGGUGAAGACGCACAAUACUAAUCCCAACGAAGAAGUCGAAGAAGGUGUGAGGAACACAGAUCAGACUAAUGCUAAAGCCUGUGCAAUCGCCUGUGCCGUUCAGGCAAUAAAGAUAGACAGACGAGCGGGCCGUGCUUGGGCAAUCUUGGGGAAACUAGUCAAACCUAGUGCCAGACGUCUACACUGCCUGCAAAUGGCUAAUUCGGUGAUAGUUUAAACAUUUUUUCAUAUAUUCAAUUUUGAAACUCUCACUACAUGUUUAACCGACAUCAAACGAAAAAAAAAGUGUUCUCAGUUAGACCUUUAUGUAUAUGAAUGUACGUAUGUUUGUGUGCGUUAUCUCGCGGUUAAUUGAACUGAUUUUGAUGCGGUUUUCAAGGAGAAGGUUCUAGUAUAUUAAUUAACUGAUUUAAUAAAAGACAGGCUCGGUGACGAUUUAUUUAAACGUAGUUUAUGAAAGAAUUAGACUCGCGUCUCACGUCUAACUUCGGAUUGUAAGUUACACAUAUACAUGUACAUUAUGUUCAUUUAAUAUACAUGUUUUUAGUUACAAUGUUAGAUGAUUAUAACUGUCGAUGAAUUGAAUCCCUCGGAAGAAAACUGGUGCAUUGUUUAUGUUUUUACUUUUGUAAAUUGGAAUGAAAAU